CUUCAAAGCAAAAUUCAAUCCAUUUAGAAAUUUAUGGCUCAGAUUCAAGCCAGUAUUUUUCAUUGUUACCGAGAGAUUAAGAGCCCGUUUGGCAACCCUUUUUUCGGCUUACCAGGCUUAUUAGCCAACUUUUCAUCAAACACAUGCAUAAUUUUUUAUUUCGCGCGCUGAAUUGAGUAAUAAGCAGAAAAAGUAAGGUUGGAGUUAUUUUUCUGGCUGUAUUGGCUGAAGUUACUGUAGAUGACCAUUUUAGCUAUUUUUACAUAUAAUUUUUUCUUUAUUUUAUUAAUAAAAUAUAUUUUAAAAAUAUUUUUUUCUUAAAUCAGCAGAAUCAGCCAAUGCAGCCACUUCAACCAGAACUUCAUAAAUUUCAGCAGAACCAGCCAAAGCAGCCAAUUUUUGUGCUACCAAACAGCCUCUAUAACAAGGCGACACAUCUUCUAGCUCAUCAUGGUGGACUGGGCGCUGCUCUGAAGAUUUUCUACCAGCUAGUCUCUCUUCCUUCUCAUAUCAAGGGUGUUCUUUUGACGGACCAUAUUCCAGCGAGCUCUUACACUAUGAUUUCCAUUUUUAUUUGGUGUUUUGGGGCUCUUAUUUGGCGUUUUUUUGUAUGGCUUUUCAUUGUAUUCUUUUUUUAAUGAGCUUUGGUUUUGGUCCUGUAAUUGCCUCUUAUUUGGCGUUUUUUUAAUUAUCUCAUUUUGGUGGUUUGGAGUAAAAAAAUUAUGUAGUAUAUAUAGUUCUAAUUACCACAUUUCCG